AUGGCCGCUAUCAACCAUGUCGAGGCAACCGGAAAUGUUGGUACUGCCCAAGCCAUUGACAAGGCGCCGGCCGCAGGCGAGCCCGUGCAGAUGCGGUCUACCUUGGACGACCUGCCUAUGCUCAAAGCCUUGCGCAUGUACUGGCGUAUCUCCCUGAUAUGCAUGCUGGGAGCCUUCUGUGCUGCGCUUGACGGCUAUCAGGUUUCCAUCUCUAGUUCGAUAGUCUCCAACAAGGGAUUCAUCAGGACAAUGUCCAACGGAGGGACCAAGCUUGACCCUACCCAUGUGGCCGUCUGGGGAGACAUGUUGUCCACAGAUCAGCUAGUUGGCGUCGGAUUCCUACAGCUGGCCACCGACACGCUGGGUCGCAAGGUUGCUAUGCACAUCACCUGGCUCACACUUUGUAUCUCUGUCGCGGUCGAAUCUGCUGCAUCGAAUUGGCUCUACUGGCUGUUUGCCAAGCUCAUUGGAGGAGCAGGCCUCGGCAUGAUGCAGGCUACAUACCCCCUUUACAUUAUCGAGCAGGGGCCAACCCAUAUCCGAGGCCUCCUUACCACCUCAUACAUGUUUUGGUACGUUGCCGCGCAGAUAUUCGCGCCACUACAUGUGUUUUACAAUCGGCGCUUCCUCGGAUCACCGAGCUCGAGCUGCCUGGGUGACUCAGGUGACUUUCACACUACAGGUUUACCCCUUGUCGUCAUUUUUAACAGAAGUCUUGGUAUCAUGUCGGCUAGGUUUCCUUCAACACAGUUUAUCAUUGAGUGA